GCAGUAUUGUGCCACGUUGAUGGAGACCAGUGGGGACGUGGAACUGUUCCUGUGUUAUACCGGGCCAGCCGCUAACUCUGUCUCAUCAUACAGUUUACACGGCCAAGGAAGGGCACUUUCAAAGUUGACCAUUAAAGUUUCACACCCUUUCACACUGCUUGGAUGAGUUUGUGCAUGCUGUAUGCUUGUGACCAGUGCUAAGAGGGAAGGAUGAAGCUAAAAGAGAUAAACCGCACUGCCAUCCAGGCUUGGAGCCCAGCACAGCACCACCCAAUUUACUUGGCAGCAGGGACCUCUGCCCAGCAGCUCGACGCUACCUUUAGCACCAAUGCCUCACUGGAGAUCUUUGAACUAGAUCUGGCUGAGCCCACUUUGGCCAUGAAGUCAUGUGGGACUUUCUCCUCACCUCACAGAUAUCACAAACUAGUGUGGGGCCCACAUGGGAGUGAUGAACAGGGUCUACCCUCUGGAGUGCUCAUUGCUGGAGGAGAGACAGGCAACAUCAUUCUCUAUGACCCUUCCAAGAUCAUUGCCGGCGACAGUGACGUUGUCAUUGCCCAGAGUGAUAAACACACGGGGCCUGUUCAAUCUCUCAGUGUCAACUUAUUUCAGCCAAACUUGGUUGCCUCUGGUGGUAACGAAUCAGAAAUCUACAUCUGGGAUUUGAACAGUUUUGGCCCCCCAAUGGUUCCAGGCCCAAAAUCACAGCCAGUGGAGGACAUUAGCUGUGUGGCAUGGAAUGGCCAGGUGCAGCACAUUCUAGCCUCAGCCAGUCCCAGCGGAAGAGCAUCCAUUUGGGACCUGAGGAAGAAUGACCUCAUCAUCAAAGUCAGCGACCACAGCAACAGGAUGCAUUGCUCUGGCCUGGCCUGGAACCCGGAGGUGGCCACUCAGCUGGCAUUAGCCUCUGAGGAUGACCGCAUGCCUGUAAUCCAAAUGUGGGACUUGCGCUUUGCCACUUCUCCUCUCAAAGUCCUGGAGAACCACACGAGGGGUGUUUUGGCUAUUGCUUGGAGUCUUGCUGACCCUGAGUUGUUGCUGAGCUGUGGGAAAGAUAAUCGUAUUCUGUGCUGGAACCCCAACACUGCUGAGGUCCUUUAUGAGCUGCCUACCAGCUCUCAGUGGUGCUUUGACAUCCAGUGGUGCCCCAGGAACCCGGCUGUCCUGUCUGCAGCUUCCUUUGAUGGACGUAUCAGUAUCUACUCCAUCAUGGGAGGCAGUAAUGAAUUUGCCAACAGUGCCCAGGUUGAUCAGAUAAGUUCAUCAUUUGGCAACAUGGAUCCCUUUGGCACGGGCCAGACGUUACCUCCGUUGCAGCUGCCUCAACCCACCAGUACAAACAGUACCAUCACACCACUGAAGAAACCACCUAAGUGGAUCCGUAGACCUGUAGGAGCUUCUUUUGCUUUUGGUGGUAAACUCGUGUCUUGGGAGAACAUCAAACCACCACCUCAGCAGCCAGAACAGCCUGGCCCCCAUGUUGUCCACGUUAGCCAAGUUGUCACUGAAACAGAUUUCUUGGGCCGCUCAAACCAACUUCAGGCCACCCUCACUGCAGGAACCUUUGUGGAAUUCUGCCAGAAAAAGAUUGAAGAUGCUGAGAAUGAGUUUGAGAAGACAGUUUGGGCUUUCCUCAAGGUCCACUUUGAAGAUGAUGCUCGGGGGAAAUACUUGGAACUUCUGGGAUACAAGAAGGAGGAACUAGUAUUAAAGAUUGCAUCCGCUUUAGAAGGAAAAGACCACAAGUCAGAUGAAAACAUUGAGCCUGCCUCUGCAUCUGAACAAGACCAUGCGUCUGCACCCACUUGUGAUCGUACUCCCAGGCCAGAGAUUACUCAGUUGCCUGAGCUUGAGCCUCCUGCUGUAACCCAGCUUGGACAUCCUGACAUGUUGCUUAGAGAGCUUGCAAACGAAGUGGUAGUUGAACAUAGCCUUGAAGCUGUCGAGGAACCAUUGUUUGAUCCUGUGCUUGAUACAACUACUGAUCACAUUGAAGAGCUCAGAGUUGAAUCUGAACCUUCCCUUCAGUCCUCCACUGAUCUCAUUCCACCAUUGGAACCUGCUUUUAGCCCAGUAAAUCCUCCUGAUUUAAUAGACCUGCCUGAGUUUACAUCACAAGAUCGACCAGAUUCCACACCUCUGUUUGCACCUUGUAGUGCUUUACAGCAGUCUGAAGGUGAUCUGGCAUCUCCAGCUCUAGAGACUUUACCUCAGUCUACACCUCUAGUGGUUCCACAAAAUGCUGAGGCAAGUGCUGCCCCUCCAACUGACUUUCAGCCAUUUGCUCCAGUUUUAGGUGCAAAUUGUAACCUUGAACCCAUGUUAGUCCCAUCAUGCAUCCAUGAUGACCUUCCUGAAUCACCACCUGCGGUACAACCUUUCAUUGACCAACCACAGUUUAUACCAUUGUUAGCACCAUUACCAGCUGACCCACAAGCAUCUCUGCCAAUGCUAGCAUCUGUUGAUGAUCUACAGCAGUCUCUUCCUGCUGCUCAUCCUCAGCCAGAGUUUGCAACUCCUGUAGACCUUCAACCUGUAUCCAGCUUUUUACCCCAACUUGACCCACAGGAUGUUCCCGUGUUUGCACCCCCCAUUGCUGCUCAACAACCCAUGCCAGAGAUGGCUUUGACACCGACAGUUGAUUUGGACACUACACCCCAGAUAAACCUCAUGCCUCCUGUUAAUGGUGAGCCAGAACCUGAGCUGGAGCUGAGUGCUGUACCUUUGGAUGAAGAGAAACCCAGAAAUGUGGCCCUUAAUGCGGACACAUCUGAAGAAGAGGCAGCACUGGAGGAGGUGGAAAAGAAUGGGCCCGUGGUAGAGGAGGAGAGUCCAGAACUUGAGGAGAUCCCCGUGGUUGAAGAGGAACCUGUUGCUGAUCAGAUCCCUGUACUUGAAGAGACUCCGUCUCCAUCCUCAGAAACUGUCAAAGCCAGCCAAGAUGUAGAUAGACUCAUCACCCAAGCACUUCUUAUUGGGGACUUUGAAGCUGCCGUUAACCUCUGUCUCCACGACAACCGAAUGGCGGACAGCAUCAUCCUGGCCAUUGCUGGUGGGCCAGAGCUGCUUGAAAAGACCCAGAAGAAAUACUUGGCCAAAACUCAAAGCAAAAUUGGCAAGCUCAUCAGUGCUGUGGUAAUGAAAGACUGGCUGGAUAUUCUGGAGACGUGUGAUCUCCACAACUGGAAGGAGGCUCUGGCUGCAGUUAUGACCUAUGGCAAACCUGAGGAAUUCUCGUCCCUCUGUGGGCUGCUGGGUUCCAGACUAGAGGCUGCUGAGGAUUUGGCCCUGCAGGCACAGGCUUGUCUCUGUUACAUCUGUGCAGGCAGCAUGGAGCAUCUGGUGUCUUGCUGGUCCAAAGCACAGGACUCCAGCAGCCCUCUCUCGCUGCAGGACCUGGUUGAGAAGGUGGUGGUGCUGCGGCAGGCAGUGGAGAAGGCUCAGGGUGGUGUGGCCCCCGCCGUGGGCGCCCUACUGGCAGAGAAGAUGAGUCAGUACGCCAGCCUGCUGGCCUCUCAGGGCAGCCUACAGACCGCCAUCUCCUAUCUGCCGACCAACACUGAGCAGGUUGCAGUGCAGCUUUUGCGUGAGCGCCUGAGCCGAGCUCUGGGUCAGCAUGCUGUGGCCCCUGCAGCCCCCAUGGCGCCGCAGCAGAACAGACAGCCAGCAGCGCCUGUGGCCAUUCCACAGCAGGUCUACACUCCGGUCCAGCCUCAGCCUCAACAACUGCCCCCUCAGCCCACACCUACUUCCCCCACACAGCAGUACUACCAGCAGGGUAGGGCUGCCUCUACUGUCACUUCCUGGAGUAACCAAACCCCAACAGUUCUGCCCAGUGUCCCUCGUCCGCUAGCCCCAGCAAAAGACCUACAGGCUGAGCCUGCUCCUGGACCCUUUGGUCCUCAGUCCCCAGUGUGUGCUGGUCCUGCUGCUCCUGGUUUCAUGUAUUCACAGCAGUAUCAGACCUACCCCCAGGUCCAGCAGUUCAUGCCUGGUGCUGGGGGACCAAAUAUCUAUCAGCCUCUCCAGUACUCCUCUUCUACAGCCUCUCCUCUUCCUCCUCCACCUUCAUCCGCUACUCCUGCUCCUUUCUACCCCCCUCAGUUCAUGCACCCUGCUUCAUCUCAGCCUGCGCCUCCGGUCUUCCCCGGACCUCUUCCUCCUCUUGCAGCAGGCCAGCCGGCUCCUUCUGCGCCUCCUCCACACUCCUCCUCCUCUUCCUUCUCUCCUCCGCCUUUCUCCUCUGGAGUCUCCUUUCAGCACGGCGGUCCAGGUUCUCCCACCGCCUAUCUCCCACCUCCACCCACUGGAGCUUCAGGUACACAGGCUGAGCACGCCCUCAUCCCUGCCUCACAGAGAACAGGGGGAUUCACCCAAGAUACCUGGUUUUUGGAAGGACCUCAGAAUGGCUGGAACGAUCCUCCUGCUCUCAGCAGAGUGCCAAAGAAGAAAAAGGUCCCAGAACACUACACUCCUCCUGCUCCCAUCACAGCACCAAUCAUGGCUCCGCUGGGAGACCCACAACAGCUGGCCCCUAUGCAGCCUUCCCAACAGCAGCAGCAGCAGCUACCUGGGCAGCCAGCUGGAGUUCCUGCCCCUUUCACCCCUAUCCAGCAGCAGCCCCUGGGACCUGCUGUCAGAAACCCUGCUAUGCCCAACAUGACUGUAGAAGGGGCACCAGGGGCACCCACUGGAGAUGUCAUACAGCCGAUGCAGUCUCUGCCUGCAGAGAAGAUUAUGAAGAAGCCCAUCCCAGAUGAGCACCUCAUUCUGAAGACCACUUUCGAGGGCCUAAUCCAGAAGUGCUUGGCUGCUGCCACAGAUCCACAAACCAAGAGAAAGUUGGAUGAUGCCAACAAGAGGCUGGAAUCCCUUUAUGACAAACUGAGAGAGCAAACUCUUUCUCCAGCCAUUGUGAGUGGUCUCCACAGCAUGGCCCGCAGCAUUGAGUCCCGCUCUUACACCGAUGGCCUCAACAUCCACACACACAUCGUCAGCAACAGCAACUUCAGCGAGACCUCCGCCUUCAUGCCAGUUCUGAAGGUGGUGUUAACACAGGCUUACAAGCUGGGUGUCUGAUCUAAUGCGCAUACACGCUACUUGCCAGUAUUCCUGCAACUCAAUACAAGCCAUCAGUCAAUAAGGACCAACUUACAUUGACAUGUACCGCCAGUCUUACCGGAGCUGGAAUAGGGCAUUCCAGUUUACAGGCUUUUUCUUGUUUUGUUUUUUGUUUUGUUUUUUUUUCCCCUCUUUUUUUCAGUUUUAUGUAUGUUUUAUGUUGCCAUUAUUUUAUAUAUGUAAUCAUGGCAGAGCAGAGUGCAAUGAGGGGCGUUUCCCCUUCUUUUCUGGAAUUUUAAUGGCAUGUUUUGAAACAAUGCAAUUUUAGACAAUUUUAAAGUGAUAAAGUCUUAGAAUAAUGAUAUUUGGUCAGACAGGAUUUGCUAGCCUGUGUGUAUCAAGUAAUUGAGCUCUCAGUCAUUUGCAUUUUAAACCUUUUUUUUUUUUUUUUUUUCUUUAUACCUUUUAGCCUAUUGGUGCGUAUGAUUAUCAGAAGCCUUGCCAUUUCAGUGAUGUUCAGCAGUUCCUCGCAAAGCAUUAUUGCAUUGUCUGUUGAUCAGGAUGGAUAUUAAGUCCAACAAGCAGAAAUUUUCAAUAAAUGUUAUUUAUUUUAAGUAUAAAGCUUUUAAGAUUUGAUUUAAUAUCAGUAACUAAACAGAGCUAGCAGAUCAGGAUUUCUGUUAUGAGGCUGCCUAGUUUUACUUUGUUCUAUAGCAGGAUACGAUGUUGACGAAAAAGCCACAGUCUGUUAGUUAUCUUUGAUUUAUUUCAGUAGGAUCACGACUUUAGCGAAAAUGGAGGAGGAAAGAGGCGCACUGUACUUUGGAAUGGUUCUCUUUCAAUGAAGAAUUGGUGACGUUCACCAUCAAAGGGAAAGUUGCUUUUGGUCUCUGUGUCACCAACAUCUGACAUAGUUUUGAUAUUGUAUGUUGUAUUCUCAACUUGCCUUAUUAUAAUAUGUUGGAGCCACUGCUGUUUUUAACACUAAGACAACGUUUGUGGGGAAAGUCUGAGAGAAGACAAACUCUAGCUGCUGGUCACUGAAUGAUCCUGUCUACACCUUCACUUGGUACGUGAAGGCGUGUUGUUUCACGUGUGGCUGAUUUUGGGGGGGGGUUUAGUGCACAAUGUUUAAAUGAAUAUUGUAAAAAAAAAAAAUGGAGGCGGAUGUUUCAUUUUAAGCCAACUGUCUAAUAAAUUGAUCAAUAUUUCUCAGAA